UUCCUGGAACAUAAAUCUCUUCAUAUGGCGAGAAAUUAUGAUAUUCAUCACUUUGUGCCAAUCAAGAAGUAACGAUUAUCAUAACUUCGGUCUAGAGAUCAUGUUGUUUCGUCACGAUGGGGGAGACCAAGCAGAGGCUACGAAGGGGACUAGUAACAAAAGAACAAACAAAUAAACCUGACACCGACAUUACUCCCAGACGUCAACACAAGUGAGUGAACGUCAUUUUCUAGGAAGAGGAGAGGGUUGAUAGCGGAAGUUAUUUGGAAAUCAUCUUUCAUUUUCUUUGGAGGAAUUGAACAUAACUGUCAGUACACGUCGAUGUAACCAGGAUCUCGUAAGGAACAAGUAUGCAGUGAUUUUGUUCGAAGUGGGAUGCUGUUGAUAGCAGAUUGAUCGCUUAUCCUUUCACAGCUUGCUUUCGUCGAUCGACUUCAGUACAUGCAACACAGCCUGAUGAAACCAAAGUGUUUUCAUUUCCUAAUCCUACUGGGUUUCAGUAGACUUUGUCUCACAGAUUCUUCUAUCGAUGAGUCAAACGCCAGGAGUUACGUAGUGGAGAGGAGGUCCUCGGCAUCCGACCUCUUUGUUGUGAGCAUGAAAAAUGGCAAUCAAUGUAGGAGCUGCGAUACGUUAGGUGCAUCUUUUCACCAACCAUUGCCUGGGGAUUCAAGCUCUUGUGGUUGUACUUGUCUUUUUGACAAUAGUACUUUUCUUCCGUCGUUAGGAAUUUGCCCAAGUAGUAAAAAGUUGCAUGCAAAACUCACAGGUAACUUAUGUCCAAAUGGUACAUACCAAAAUCUAUUUGGUGCUGAUAAUGAUCCUGUUUUGAAGUUUCCCGUUAACCUUACCACUGAAAAGACAUAUCAAACACUAGCUCACCCAGAUCAACAGGACUGUAAGCUCUUUGGAUACUUUUUCGAUUACAGUGGUUUUCAGGUCAGAUGGAAAAGAGUGAGUGAGAAUGGGAUAUUUAACCUUACAAAAAGUGGAAAGUAUAGAAUAAAGAUGAAAGACAAGAAAAACAAACUGUCUGGUAGGGUCAUCAAACUUAAUCUCACUUGCACAAAUAAAACACAGGAAGGUCACCCAACAUUAGAAGCUUGCUAUAUUUUCAAGGCUCUGGGACGUGUAACAUAUUCUGCCCCAGUAAUGAAAAGUUCUGUACAUACUUUUCUGACAUCUGUGAUUUAUCACACAUUGUCAUCACUAUAUCCAUCUUCACCAUCACCACAAUCAACACAACCAUUUUCAAUGUCAUUGUUAUCACAUUUGGCAUCCCUAACAUCGCCCUCUCCUUCUUUUAACACCUUGACAAGGAGUCCAACAACACACACUGGAAAAUAUUCACACACAGGAACCAGAUCUCUUCAAACAAGGCCAGCUUUACAAACGUCCAGAUCAGUUCUGCCAUCAGCAUCAAAGGCAGAACUUGCAAGCCUCUUACCAGUCGAUUCAGAGGAAGUUACUAGUCAAUUAUUAAAAACAGGAAUGCCAUCAUCUUUGUUUAGUACAAGGGAAGCAAAUUAUAGUGAACCAUCAGAGUUACCAACCACAGAGUUAAGUCUUCCUACUAGGGAUGGUCCAGGAGACAAAGAGGCAAGAGCAAGUGGAAAAGACAAAGGAGUAGCAGUUGGGGCGGGAGUUGGUGGGGCUGUUGCUUUUGGGAUUAUUGUCGUAGGGGUGAUCAUUAUAUUGUGUAGGAGAAAAAAGUCACGAGAAAAUACUGAAACGAAAGCAAAACUAGAUUUAGGAGUUAAGAACCCAGUGUAUGGAAAACCUCAGGAUGACAUUGAAAUAGAAAGACCAAAAGAGAAAGCCAAAACUCUCAGUGAACAAGAGAGUCAACCAACAUACAUGGAACUUGUUGAUAAAAAGGGACAUGAAAAUUGUGGAGCUGUGUACAGUUCUCUAGAAGAAAAUUAUGACAACUCAUCUGUUUACCAAACUCUGAACAAGAAAACACCAACAGCACCACCAGUUUACCAGAGUCUACAGAACAACCAGCCAUCCACCAAGGAACCAAUACCUAAACAGAAACUAAGCAAUGUGAAAAAACCUGAAAAACCAAGUGUACAGCCAGACCCUGUGUACAGUGUCCUAGAGGAGUCUGACACCAAACAAGAAGAUCUGUCAGAGGCAUUAUAUAAUGUGCUGGAAGGGCCAGAUCCUGGACAUGAUACUCUAGGAUACAUUCAGGACCCUGUUUACAACGUGCUGGAUGGGCCUGAUGCAGGACAGACAUAUGAGGCCCCAGAUGUUGGUGUUCACCAGGAUCCACUGUAUAAUGUUCUUGAGGUGCCUGAAUCCAAACAAGAACAUCAGGAACCACUAUAUAAUGUACUUGAAAGUGCAGAUACAGAAAUUGCCCAUUCCAGACAGGAGGCCCCCCAUGAUGGUGCAGUCAGUGAGCCCCUGUAUAAUGUUCUUGAUGGGGCAGAUUCAGGUGGAGCAAAUGUGAGUGGUGCAGAAUAUGCUUCUCCAAACAGACCUCUGUCUCGUCGUGACAAUCCAGACUAUGAGCAGACCCUUGAGUUUGGUGUACCAAAUGCAGUGGUGCAUAGCCCUGGGUCUCAGAGAGAAUCUUUUUAUGAGCCCCUAGAAGGGUCUGAUAGGCAAGAUGUGUAUGAGCCCCUUCAGAAAAGGGGAAAUAAUUGUACUUAGGACAUGAGCUUUGGAAGUUCUUAGAAGUUGGUCACUGUUGAGACCCUAAGAGCUCUCCAUGGAAAAGUUAAUAUUGACUCUCAAUUGUCAUUUAUAUGUUAGCCAUUUAGGUAACAAAGGCAAUAUAGGAAAGUAGGAAUACACAAUUUUCUACACUAGUCUUGUAGUAACAAUUUGUAUCUCUUUCUGACAUUGUGCAAUUGCAUGAUACAUUAUAUCGCAUGAGGCAAGUUAGUCAAGUGAAAUACUUUUACAAAAUAGUGUAAAACUUAUAUUUUUUAAAAGACGGAUCUAGACAUUUGCUGCCAAGCAGAAUUCAAGAACACUGUGUUCAUACAAAAAUUUUUAGUGAGAACGACUACAAUUCUGUAUGUUGUGAAAAAAAAAAAUUGCUUGUAAUAUUUUUCAGUACUUAUAAAUGCAUGGCUAUCACCCUUGUCAAAAUAAUUUUGUACUGUAAAACAAAGUGUUUAUACUUCAGUAUAUUUUUAUGAAUAGUUUUGGUUACAGUAAGAAUUUGUUAAUAAAAAUAAUAAAUAUCAUAGGUUAACCUGAAAAAGAGGUAGUUGAGAUCUAGAGCUUUUUACCAAGCUGUGAAAAACUUUUACAACAGUGUGGAGAGACAUACAAGGGGAGAGAAAGAGGAGAUAAGAGGUAAAGAUCUGGAACGAGAGGUACAGUGUAUGAUAUAGGGUAUACAUAAAUGAAAACAAAAAGCAAAAUAAUGCACAUUAUUUUGUUCAUAAUUGACUGGCAAUGAUGAUUCACAGGAAUGGGAGAUGGCAAGAUGGAGACAGUGCUUAUCCCCACCCCAGCCUCCCUAGUUCUUUUCUCCUCUACUCCCCUCCACUCUCCAUCACUAGAGAGUACCAAUAUAUUCUGACCAUAUCCCUUGGCAUCUUCAUUUUGUGACAUUAUGUAAGCUUAUUUGCAAAGAGCUUUCCAAAUUAAAACAUUUGUUUGUUUCCUUUCAA